UAGUGUUUAAUUGGUACUUGGUUCAGGGUUGCUUUCUUGUUUUUUCUUCUGUUAGUCCUGCUUUUGCAUCUGAACUGCUUCAAUUUUACGUUGCACACAGCUUGCCGAAAGGCGAAUGCAAUAUUCUGGGAACUGGUUGGAUGGUUAGGUUGUCCUUAAUGCAAUGUUAUGUUGUCCUUAAUAUAAUUUUAAUUGCAGUGCCACCACCCAUCAAGCACAUCCAAGAAACAAAAACAAUGCAUUCUCAGACUCUUCAAUUGCUUUACCACCUAUGUACUGAAGUUUGAAAGUGUCAAGAGCAAAGAAAAUAUUUAGACAAUCAUUCAUUAAUGGGGCAAAAUAUGGGAUUCCCGAGAUUCUGGAAGAGAUUAUAAAGUCAUAUCCUUUUGCACUCGAGUAUCUGGAUGAGAAUGUAUUCAAAUUGGUAGUAUUAAAUCGUUAUGAAAAGAUUUUCAACCUCAUGUGCGAAACCGGUAUGCAUAGACAACUUAUAAUACGAACCGAAGAUGAUUCAAAUAACAUCUUGCAUUUGGCUGGAAAAUUGGCCCCUCCGCACCGGCUCAGUCUCGUUUCUGGUGCAGCUCUACAAAUGCAACGCGAGUUACAUUGGUUUAAGGAAAUUGAAAAAUAUGCACCGAGAGCCUUCAGUGAAUCUGAGAACGAAAACGAAGAUACACCAAAAAUGGUAUUUAUAAACGCACAUAAAGAGUUGAUAAAAGAAGGGGAGAAAUGGAUGAAAGGCACAGCAAAAUCUUACACAUUGGCAGCAGCGCUUAUUGCUACUGUAGUGUUUGCAGCAGCAAUUACCAUCCCGGGUGGCAACCAUGAUGAUACUGGCAUACCAAAUUUCUCCAAAGAAAUUGCCUUCAAAGUUUUUGCAGUUUCGGAUGCGCUUUCCCUCUUCUUAUCCACUGCUUCGGUGCUGAUAUGCCUAUCCAUUCUCACAGCACGAUAUGCAGAGGAUGAUUUUCUUUUUGCCCUUCCCACGAGGUUGAUAUUUGGCCUUGUUACUCUAUUCCUCUCCGUAACAUUCAUGAUGAUAGCCUACAGUAGCGCAAUCUAUCUUCUCUUUGGUGAAAAGAAGGCAUGGAUUCUUAUUGCCUUGGCUGCAUUAGCCUGUUCGCAAGUGACCUUGUACGGAAUUUUGCAGUUUCCCCUCCUUGUGGAAUUGAUUUGUUCCACAUACGGCCCAGGCAUUUUUGGCAAACAUAGUAAUCAUCUGAUCCGAUAGAUCGACAAUCGGAUCAUUCAUGACUGAAUGUAUUGCCUUCACUAUCUCUCUCUGCUCCUGCGGACAUUUUCUCCUAGAUAUUUCAUUGUAAUUCUAACUUCUGUCAACUAUGAUGAACAGGCUUAAAGCAAACUUUUUAAA